AUGUCUUCAGUGCAACAAGUGAAGCCUCUUUACGAGGAGCUGAAGAAAGAGUUCAGCAACAAGAGGCGAGACGUGAACAAGUGCAAACAGCUCAUAUCAAAAAUGAAGAUCGCUCUUUUGACACUUAACUUUUUUCCGAAUGACAAGGCCACCAAAGCUGAACUGAUAAUAGCACGUGAUUUUCUGGAGAUCUGUUGUCAGUUGAGCAUAGAGACAGAGGACGUAGAGGCAUUUGAGAGAUACUUUGUCCAGCUCAAAACAUACUACUUUGAUUUCAGAACAGAGUUACCCGAAUCAGCGUACAUGCACGAGUUAGUGGGCUGCCAUCUGUUGUGUCUUUUGUCUCAGAAUAAGUUGGCCCAAUUCCACUCUGAGUUGGAGAUGAUCUCGAUCGGAGACCUCCUCAACAACAUCUACAUCAAACACCCAGUGUCCAUUGAACAGUAUUUGAUGGAGGGUAGCUACAACAAGAUUUUCCUCUCAAAGUCAAAUCUGCCUUCUGAACGGUGCAAGUUCUUCAUUGAAGUUCUUUCAAAUACAAUCAGGGACGAGAUUGCGGAGUGUAUGGAGAAGUCGUACGAGAGCAUCUCUCUGCAGGAGGCGGCCGGGAUCCUCUUCUUCGAAGACAAAGCUCUCGUCAAGCCGUACGCUCUGCAGCGUCAGUGGCAGGUAGACUCGGUCACAGGUCUGGUGGCUUUCAAGCGUGAAGAAAAAGAGAAAAAAGAGAUCGACUCGGACAAGAUGAUAAAUGACUUUGUCAACUACGCUGUCCAAUUAGAGACCAUCAUUUAA